CGCAUUUCGUUGAAGUAUACACUUUUUAACGAACGCCUUGUACUGACUCACGCACGUCGUCUCGUCAUCGGGGCUGGAUGAAUUGGCGUGUUGAUUUUGUGCCUUUCUCGUUUUUGAUAACUAAGAAGCCGAGUCUAUGCAGUUGUUUUGCAGUUGACUGACCAGCCAAAUGGAUAUGAUACUGAUGCAGUCUAUAUCCCUCGUUAAUGAAAGAUCUGAGAAACCAGUUGUGCUUCCUAGGCAGAGUUGUGUCUGUCAAAAUCUUAUCUUUAUGCAAAACUUAAAGAUUCAGAAACUUGAUUCAUCUUGUAGAAACAGUUCAUUGUCGAGUAGACGAAGAAGUGGUAUAGCAUUUGCAUUGAAUACUGAUGGAAUUACAGACAACAAUGACCAAGGCAGCGCCAAUGGAGACAACUCUGUUCUUGGCGCAACUCGUUUGGGGAGGAUAGUUAGUGCAGGUGGUAAAGAGCUACUGAGUAAACUGAACUCCGCUAGAAAAAACUUCCCCAUGAAGGUUUUUCUCCUGCUCCUGGGCUUCUACACGGCUAAUGCUCUUGCAACGAUCCUUGGCCAGACGGGCGACUGGGAUGUGCUUGUAGCUGGUGUCGUAGUAGCUGCAAUAGAGGGUAUUGGCAUGCUGAUGUACAAAAAGCCCAUGAGAACAGGGAGAUUGCAAUCUCUAGUGGUAAUGAUCAACUAUUGGAAAGCUGGUAUUUGCUUAGGCUUAUUUGUUGAUGCUUUUAAGUUAGGUAGUUGAAUUUCUGCCAUGGGAGCAUUCUUCCUACUCAGAAACAAGGUAUUGUGUGUAAAUCAUUUAGUUUACUUCUAGAAAAUGAACAUUCAUAGGCUUCUGUAAAAUUCAGGCUACCAAUUUGCCAUAAUCCGAAUGUUGAGAUUGUUUUGUCCA